UAUUCAAGAACAGAACUGGACAGACGUCAGUGUGUUUGUGUGUUUCAAGUUCGAGUUUCUUAAGAAUUCUAGACUUUAGACAAAGGAAAGAUCGGCGCAUUUGUGUUCAAAGCGUUGAAGAGUACGGACACUUCUAUCGAACAAUAGUGAUAAGUCUGGAUACAGGAUAACAACAUUUGAUUAAAAAUGCAGAAAUUGGUAUUUUUAACAGCUCUAUGCUUUUACGGAGUGAUAGCACAGAAUUGCGAAGACAAUAAAGAAGAACAAUGUAGUGCUACAACUUCAGCUUCUUUUAAUCAAGACAAAGAUUGGGAAUCAGCUACUUCCAUUUAUGACUUUCAUGCUACAGAUAUACAUGGAAAGGAAGUUAUGCUGAAUAAAUAUCGUGGGCAUGUUUGUAUAAUUGUUAAUGUUGCUAGCAACUGUGGAUUUACAGAUACACAUUAUAAAGAACUAGUACAAUUGUAUGAAAAAUACAGUAAGGUGGAAGGUUUAAGGAUUCUAGCAUUCCCAUCGAAUCAAUUUGGUGGCCAAGAACCAGGCAAUUCCAUAGAAAUCUUAAAUUUUGUCAAAAAAUAUAACGUUACUUUUGAUCUGUUUCAAAAGAUUGAUGUUAAUGGAGAUAAUGCGCAUCCAUUAUGGAAAUGGUUGAAGACACAGGCAGGUGGAUUCAUAACUGAUAGCAUCAAAUGGAACUUUACUAAAUUCAUCAUUAACAAAGAAGGACAAGUUGUUGCCAGACAUGCACCAACUACCAGUCCUCUUGAAAUGGAAUCAGAAUUGAAGAAGUAUUUCUAAGUUCCCUUAUACUAUUGCUUUCUUAAUUCAGUUUUAAUUAUCAGCAAUAGUUUUGUCGUAUAUUAUGUUUUUGACAUCCUUUGCAUUAUCGAUAGAAAUAAAAAUUGUUCCUAUACAA